CAUGGCACAGACUGUUACCAUUACAACAUCCCAGUCAGCAACAACUCAACCACUGUGCAUAUGUUCUACUCCCUUAUCCUCAACAAUUACCUCAGCUUUGACUAGUACAACUCAACCUACGAGCAUGGCUAGUACAAUGCCAACAACUACAGCCACUACUUCACCCACAACAACUGCAGCUUUAACUACUACUGUGGCUUCAACUGCAAGCACCACAACUACUAUUUCUACAUCUACUACAGCUCAACCCACAAGCACUACUACAACAGCUAUAGCUACAACAACUGCUGGAACAUCAACUGCAUCCACAACAACAGCUUUAACUACUACAACUCAACCAACAAGCACCACGACUACUGUCCCCACCACUGCAAGCACAGCAACAUCUACUGCUUCAUCAUCCACAACAACUGCGGCAGCUUUAACUACAACAACUCAACCUACAAGUACCACGACUGCUGCCCCCACAUCUACAAGCACAGCAACUUCUACUGCUUCAUCAUCCACAACAACUGCAGCAGCUUUAACUACUACAACUCAACCUAUAAGCACCACUACUGCUGUCCCCACAACUGCCAGCACAGCAUCAUCUACUGCUUCAUCAUCGACAACAACCACAGCAACUACUACAACUCAACCUACAAGCACCACUACUGCUGCUCCCACAUCUUCAACUACUCCAACAUCUACUGCUUCAUCAUCGACAACAACUGCAGCGGCUGUAACUACUACAACUCAGCCUACAAGCACAACUACUGCUGCCCCCACAACUGCCAGCACAGCAACAUCUACUGCUUCAUCAUCCACAACAACUGCAGCAACUACUACAACUCAACCUAUAAGCACCACUACUACUGUCCCCACAACUGCCAGCACAGCAUCAUCUACUGCUUCAUCAUCCACAACAACCACAGCAACUACUACAACUCAACCUACAAGCACCACUACUGCUGCUCCCACAUCUUCAACUACUCCAACAUCUACUGCUUCAUCAUCGACAACAACUGCAGCGGCUGUAACUACUACAACUCAGCCUACAAGCACAACUACUGCUGCCCCCACAACUGCCAGCACAGCAACAUCUACUGCUUCAUCAUCCACAACAACUGCAGCAACUACUACAACUCAACCUACAAGUACCACUACUACUGCCCCCACAUCUACAACAACUUCAACAUCUAGUGCUUCAUCAUCCACAACAACUGCAGCAGCUGUAACUACUACAACUCAACCUACAAGCACAACUACUACUGCCCCCGCAUCUUCAACUACUUCAACAUCUACUGCUUCAUCAUCCACAACAACUGCAGCAGCCGUAAUUACUACAACUCAACCUACAAGCACAACUACUACUGCCCCCACAUCUUCAACUACUUCAACAUCUACUGCUUCAUCAUCCACAACAACUGCAGCAGCCGUAACUACUACAACUCAACCUACAAGCACCACUACUACUGUCCCCACAUCUUCAACUAUUUCAACAUCUACUGCUUCACCAUCCACAACAAGUGCGGCAGCUGUAACUACUACAACUCGGCCUACAAGCACCACUACUACUGUCCCCACAUCUUCAACUACUUCAACAUCUAGUGCUUUAUCAUCCACAACAAGUGCGGCAGCUGUAACUACUACAACUCGGCCUACAAGCACCACUACUACUGUCCCAACAACUGCAAGCACAAUAAAAUCUACUGCUUCAUCAUCAACAACAACUUCAGCAGCUGUAACUACUACAACUCAACCUACAAGCACCACUACUGCUGCCCCCACAUCUACAACAACAUCAUCCCCCACUACAAUGAGUACCAGUACCACAACACCAACAACUACUACCUCUACAACCACCACCACACCAACAACAACUGCAACAACAACAACCACAACAAUUUCAGCAUGUGCACAAGCAACUGUAACUAUUCAGUUGGUCCAAGUGUCUAGCGAUCAAAUCCAGGUCAUGCCUAUUGGUCAAAAUGGACCCUCAGGAGCUCAGUUCAAUGUGACACUGUCGCUGAGCAACUCUGCUGUAACCGUGAAAACAACUUCUGGUUCAACAGUCACAUUUUCCAGUCUAUUCCCUGCCAGUCAGUACAACAUCACCGUAAAGCAACUGUCAUGUCCGAACAGAGCAGAUACUACAAGCAGUGUUACUACAGCUGGAAGAUUAUUUUCUGCAGAAGCCCGGAUAGUAAAUACUGUAUAUACUGCCGACCUCGGUAACCCAAGCAGCGCAGCAUACCAAACCUUUGCAGCCAGCUUCAUAGCAGAUAUAAAGAAUAACCUACCGUCUGACAUGAAGGCCUUGUUUAUGCUUGGGAGAUUGCUCCUAUUCUUAUCCAGUAUUAGGAGCGGAAGCAUCAUCGUCGACUAUAACAUAGCCACAAACACGGCUGAUAAUCUGACAGUGAGCAACGUGCAACAGGCAUUCACCAGCGCGCUCACCAACAGCACCACGUAUACCGUGGACCCGACGUCUUACAAGUUUGCAGGUACAGACGGUUCUACAGCUUGGUCCGUUGGAAAACAAAAUGAUGUGCCUUGA